AUGUUCCCUGAGGUCAUGCGCAGCAAGCCGCCUGGAGGCAACAAGCACUGCUUGUCCUUGCUCGAAGGCACUGCCGGACUUGCAUCACUUAUUCCAAGUUGCUUUGCGGAGUUGGAGCCCAGGCAAGGAAUGAACUCUCCGCCACCCAACGCAGUCUGGCAUCAGCAAGUGCUCAAGUGCUAUCGGAAGACACUCAGGUCGUUGCUGAAACGCCUGCUGCGGCUCCCCGGCGUCGAGGUGCAAGCGAACUGGGCUGGGGCAUUGGAGGGCAUGGUCCAUGAUGUCGUAGAUGUCGUUGUGGCGACCGCACUUGGAACCGUCCUCUCGACUCUGCGUGCGUAUGAAGGGGAUGUGGUGGGCGAGCCGCCCCGUGGUGCCAAGCACCACUCCUUCUUGGAAGAUCCAACGGUUGUGCUGACCGGCUGGAUUCGGCAGUAUCCUUGGGACAUGCCCAUCGCCGACACUGUUCAGCGUUUGGGUGGCUGGCCCUACGCAGUGCUGUCGGCUGUAGCCUUUGCCGGGGUCGACUACCUGGCCAUCAUCUCUGUGGAGGCCGAGCGGCCGGCUCCAGGGGGCAGCCGCCCCACUCGGGAGCUUGCUGGCCAGGGCAUUGGGUGUAUUGCUUCCGGCAUGGCGGGAUCUGCUCCUGUUGGCGGCUCCCUUACGCGGUCCAUGCUGGCCGGCAUGAUAGGUGCCUCUUCGCCGCUCAUGGGCCUAGUCUGCGGCUUCGCCACUAUGGGCCUGGCGUUCCCUCAGGUGUCGAAGCUUCUUCAAAUGACGCCUAAGGCCGUUUUGUCCUCAACGGUCAUCGCAGCUGUGCUGCCUGCUGUCGUUACCCCCAAGGACUUGCUCCGCCUGUCAGGGCCUGAUGCCUUGGCCGGCUGGGCCACUGCGGCAGCCACCUGCACUACCGACCCCACGAAGGGCUUUGGUAUCGGCCUUGUGGUCUAUACCGCGCUCUUCCCCGUGCGCCGCCUGUUCCCCAAGAAGUCACCCUGCAAGCCUCGAAGCUCCCUAUGGUGCCAGAAGCAGCUGGACAAGCAUGCCAUGAAGAUCGAUGCAGCUCACAAAGCUGUGGAGUUGGUGGUGAAAAAGUGGCUUCUGGGAGAUACUGCUGGCCUCAAGAACCAGGUCUACCAUGUGUGGUCCAAGUGGAGCCUCCGCAAGGCUGAGUCGGAGAAGAAGCUGAAUGCGGUCCACAUGUCGCUGGCGAAAUGGGCUCGUGGCGACGCGAAGGGUGUGAUGCAGACAGUCUUCCUCAACUGGAAGCAGGAUGCAAUGGCCGCAGCUAGCGAGAGGAGCAAGGAGGAAGCACUCCUCAGGGAGCAGCAGAAGCUGGACGAAUACAUGGCUGCCGAGCGCGAGCGCUACGAAAGCGAGCUGGCAAAGCACAAGAGCGAGGAGCCACAGGUAGACAAGUUCUUCUACCGCCAGGCUUACGCCGCAGCGCGGAGCGACUACUACCUGCGGCGGGCUUACGCGUUUAAAGAUGACGCGGACACGUGCCUGCAAUUCUUGGAAGUGGCUGUGGAGAUCAGCCCAGAGAACAGCUCCGUCGUCUCCAGAGCACAGACGAUGCCAUGCAAAUUCCAAGAGCUUCUGCUACCCCCAGCCAGCACGGACGAGUUGGCGAUUGGACCCGUAAGGCGCUGGGCUGAGCAUCCCUGGCCUCGUUGCACUGCGCCCGCAGAUGCCAAGGUGGUGCCGCUGUUUGGCACGCCCCUGGGAUUCUUGCACAUUUCGGAGCUUGGGCUGCGAGACUGGCAGAAGACGCUGCAGCUCUUCGGCACGCUGGCGAUGAAGAAGUUCACUGAGGUCCAGCGCAAGAACAGGGAGGCCUUCGUCCAUGUGAACAACCACUUCUUCCAGCAUCAGGAGACCAAUCCUGCCAUAGCAAUGGACUCGCCUGAUUCCUGGCCAGAGUUGUACUCGAGCCAGGAAUACAAAGAGUGGGCGGAGUCGAGCAUUGCCAUUUGCAGCUCCUUUCUGGACAAGAUGGGUGUUCCCCUGACCAAGGAGGAGAGAGAAGAGAUGGAGGUGGUCACGUGGGCGGCGGUGUAUCCCACGAUGAAGGCAGAGGACCCAGUGACGCACUACUACCAUGCCCACCAGGAGUCGAUUGUGAGCUUUGUCCUUUACGCGAAGAUGCCGGAGCCCACCACGCCUCUGACAAUCUCCGACCCGCGGGGCGCUCCGCCCAUCGAAGACUUCGAGUGGUUUCAGGACAAGGGUGACAUGGGGGUGGACGGCGAGCCGCCGUUCCACCGACCAGCGGCUUUCUACGCAGAGGAAGGGGACAUCCUCAUCUUCCCUUCCUUCGCCAUCCACAAGGUGCCUCCGCACAUCGGCCGGGGCACCCGCGUGGUGUUCCCAUCGAACUGCCACCUGCCAAAGCGACGCAGGAAGCUGUCGGGGAAGCACAAGGGAAGUGAGAGCCCGCUGGACGGGUGGGAGCGCAUCGCCAAGCCCCAGGCUCCUGUGGCGCGCCCGGAGGCCGUGCCGAACUACGCUGCGCACGCCACCGCAGCACUGGACUUGGCCGAGGUGCUGCAGGAUCCAUACAUGAAGAUGUGGGAGGUGCAGAACCAAGUCGUUGCCAUGCUCCAAUUCGGAGUGUCAGAUGCAUCGGCUUGGUUGGCCGCAGGGAACAUCUCUGCUCGUGUGGCCGUCAUCCUGGACAUGAGAGGUGAGGGCCAGUACUACCUGGAUGCUGCGCUCAUGUUUGCGCGCGCCAUCCUGCUGGAUGCCAGCGUUCGGCCACAGGUGGAGCAAAGCUUGAAAGAUCUCAUCCCACAGAAGGUUCCGAAGAAGUACAAGGCAGCUUUCAACGCGUUGAAGCAUUGGAGGAAGCUGAUCCUUUCCUGGGGUGACACUCCGCCGGAGAUCGAGAUGACGCAGUUCCUCCACCCUGAGCUGAAUGGAGCAGAUCGCUGUAGCCGGAUGUGCCCUGAGCACAAGGAGCCGUCUCUGAGGACUCUGCGUUUGCUGAGAGUCUUCAGCACUCAGGUCUAUGUUCUUCAGACAAGGCAAGUCAAGGAGGUGGAGGAGGCGGUGGCCGAGCUGCUGGAGGCCGAUGUUCCCGGAGCAUCCAUCGUUUCCUCUCCGGCCUUGGUCCAUGCGAAGGCUUUGUCACAGGGGCCAUGGCUGGAGAACCGAAGCGCCUCGAUGAUGGCUGUCCUUUGUGAUGCAUCGGCAUCGGUGAGCUUCGCAGACCCACGGGGAAAAUGGAACCGCCAGUGGUCGGGCAGUGUUCCAGUGAAGGGCGAGCUCCUGGCCCAGGAGCCAAAGGCACCCUUCCACUGGCACACCGAAGUUCGCUGUGAGGAAGGCGAAGCGAUACUCUUCCCAGCGUGGCUGGGCUUCAAGCUUUCCGGAACCGAGGCUGUGCGCCCCUACUCAUUUGCCGCCCUCCGUGGCGGCGCUCCGCUGCGGAGCCGAGCGCCACGACCACCGCCCCUCUGCACCGGUGGGGCGGAAGAUCCCGGCGUAGUUCCCCGUGCCGACGAGCUGUAG